CAAAGGUUUAAGUAGGUAUACAACCACAAGAAUGUUGACAAAAAAUAAUUUAUUUAUAACUCCUCUAUAUUAUAAGUCUAGAAACAUAACUUUAAUUAACCCCAUGCACAAGCAUAGCAUUAAUGGUGUAUAUAUAUAUAAAAAGCCUACAAGGCAGGCUGGUAGGUUUUCAUUGUCUCACCCAUAGCUUUGCUCCUAAGUUAUUUCUUAUGUAUCCACAAAUGCAAAACAUGACAAUCAGUUUUCAAGAAAACACUAAUAUCAUGAGAAUCCUGUUAUUCAUCUUCUUCGGUUUUCUCGGGGCUCACAAAACGCUCGCUAGAUAUGUAACUGGAAACCCGUUGGUGGAGCUUUCUAGUGCUGACGACUUGAGAAGGGUGGCGGGAUAUGGUGACGAGAAGCUCUCAACUGUGGUGGUUAGCGGCUCGAUACUAUGUGAUGUUUGUUUGGAUAAAAAUUCUCCUCUUCAAUCCCAUCCCAUCCCUGGAGCGUCAAUGGCGGUUUCUUGUGAUACUGGCAAGAAGACGAGUAAAUCUGAACGAGUAACAGGCACAACCGAUGAAUACGGGGACUUCCUCAUCGAUCUUCCUUCUCAUCUCCAUGCACUUCCAGAUAUGGAAAACAGAUGCAUAGUGAGAAUUAUCGACCUACCAAAGAGCUCGCCCUGCUACCAAGCUUUUACGGGUCAACACCGGAAGAUAACGUUUUCAUCAGUCGGGAAUGGUAUUCGUGCGUACACCGCUCAUGAGUUUCAUCUGACACCUAAAUAUUCACAUCCAUGCAUGAAUGAACAAGAGACAUUCUAAUAUUCAUCAUCAUCGUCGUCGUCGUCAUCAGUGAAGACCUGAAUGAAAUGGCCACUGCUCAUUCAAGUAGGCGCUACAGUCAUAACAAUGAGUUCUGGAGCUUGAUCAUGUUGCAAUUGCUAAUAUUUUCUUUUUUCUUUUUUUUCUUUUAUGUGUGUCUGUGUGUUUGCAGGCAAGUCCUGUCCAAGAGAGAGGGUGUACAUAUUAUAUUAAAUUGAACAUAAUGAAACGAUUUAUAUGUAUUUGAUACGAAAAAA